AUCGUCGUCCUACCUUUCUUUUCCUCCAGUGACCUCUUCAUCCACCGUUUCCUCUCUUUCAUCGUUCAUCAUCACCAUCUCACUUUUUUUUCCACCUAUGAUUCUAAUCUCAGCCAAACACUCACCUCAUCCCUAAUUCACCUAAAUCCUUCAAAACCAAGGUGGGUUCUCAUCAAGAGAACCAAAUCUGGUUCUCCAUGAGCUGAAAUCUUGUAGAAAGAAGGAAAAUGGGAACCUAAAUCCUUGAGCUUGCGAGAUUCCAUGGAUGCACCUAAGUUUAGGAUUUGGGAGAAUGAGAACCCAAAUCGGGUUCUCACCAUCCAACCAAAAAUAAAGAACAAAAUAGAGAAGAGAAGGAUGGAGGUGAAGGAGAAGAGGAUAGAGAGGGAUAGAGCUAGGGAAAGGGAAGAAGGUCAAGGAAGAUGAAACCAGAAAAUCAUUUUAAUUUCGUCUAAUUUUGUUUAAAUUUAGUUUAUUAUGAUUAAAUUUGAUUUAAUAAAAUUAAACAAAAUUU